ACACAAAAAAAAAUCGCCAGUAGAUUGAGAGAAUACGGUUCACACUAAGCCUAUGGAAACGCUCAAAACGAUUUGGCCAAUCAGAAAGCCAUCAUUUCCUGACUCAACAACCAAUAGGACAACAGAUAGGAUUUGGGCUAGAUGCGCCAUUUUAGUGCGUCUCAAACCAUCCGGUAAAAUGGCGCCAUUGCUUUGUGUCAACUAUUCAAUAUUCUAACAUUUUUCUAAAAUACAAAUGACUGAGAAUUAUCUGUUUUACAUCUCCGGGACGACGUGCCAAGAACUACACGUGUGUCAAUCAUUCAAGAAAUGACAAAAGAGUACAGUAGGUUAAAUGAGUAGAACCUCAGCUGAAUCUACAGACCAAAUGAUGGAGCAGGAAGUAGGUCAACUUCCGAUUACAGACCAGAUGAUGGAGGAGGAGGAGGAGGAGGAGGAGGAGCCUGGGAGCUCAGCAGAGACUGAGAGACCCUCCUCUUCUCACACCAAGAGGAAGCCUGCUGUUACAGCCAAGCACACCGGAGGGAAUGAGUCUGACACCUCGGACGAGAGUGGACAGGAAGAUGGCGCCUCUGACAACCCCUCAGAUGGCAUGUUGGUGGUACGUCCUGACAACAAGGAGAGCAGAGGAGCCAUGAAGCUGGACCUCUCAAGGAAAAAGACAGAUACCACUUUGCAGGAGAGGAUAGACUGCACCGCCUGUGGACAGCAGGUCAACCACUUCCAGCGCCACUCAGUGUUUGAGCACCCGAUGCUCCAUGUGCUCCUCUGCAAGUCGUGUUAUAAGUAUUACACCAGCGAUGACAUCAAUAAAGACGAGGACGGCAUGGACGAACAGUGCAGGUGGUGUGCUGAAGGUGGCAACCUGAUCUGCUGUGACUACUGCCACAACGCCUUCUGUAAGAAGUGCAUCCUGCGUAACCUGGGGCGCAAGGAGCUGUCCAUGAUCACCGACGAGGACAGUAAAUGGUCCUGCUACAUCUGCAGCCCUCAGCCUCUCUCAGACAUCGCCGCCAACUGCUCCAACAUCUUGACCAAGCUGGAGAGCUUCUGGCGCACGGGACGCAAGAAAGAGAGGAAGGAGGUGAAGGGGCACAGUAAGGGUAAAGGUCACCACCACCAUGGUAAAGCUGUGGUGAACGGUAAGGAACAUUCAGACGGGUCAGGGACCCUCACCUUCUCCUAUAAGACCCUGAAGGUCCCCAAGGAGCUGGUGAAGAGGACCAAGAAGCUGAUUGAGACGACCACAGGGCUCAACAGCACGUUCAUCCAUUUCAUCCAGCAGGCUGAGGAGGAGCAGGGAGCAGGAGGAGGUGGCAGCGGGACCAGACACCUCAAGGCCUUCAGGUCUGUUCUGGCUGAUCUGAAGAAGGCCCAUGCUGCCCUAGAGGAGGACUUGGAGUCACAGUUCACUUCCCAGGACCAGGGGAUGCAGAACGGGGAUGCUGUUUCCAACACCGACGGCCAUGAUUGCCACGAUCAGAUUGACAUGGUUGAGGAUGGACAGGAGGCAGAAGAGGAUAAAAAGGUCGACACUGAGGAUGGGGAGGAGCUAGAGGAGGAUGGCGGCUUGUCAGAGGACGCAGAGAUGGAGCGGAGCCCCGCCCCCGCGCCUCAGGACCACUCAGACACAGAGACAGACAGCCAGGCCAAAGACCAGACAGCAGUGAAAGUGGAGGGGGAGGAGGAAGAAGAAGAAGAAGAGGAGGAGGAUGGAGAGGAGGAGGAGGGUGACCGGGAUAAAGACAUUGUGUCCGUCGGGCCGGCCGUCCCUGACGAGCUCUUCCAAAUGGUAGAGAGUCUGGCGGACUCCACAGGGUUAACGCCCGGCAACGACGCCAUGGAAACCACCGCUGCUAGCCAAUCCGAGAGCCCCGCCGCCGGCUCAAACAGGAAGUCACUUGAAACCUAUAAGGGGAAGGCCAUGCCCAAGGUGAAGAACCUGAUCGUGAAGCUGACGCCUGUUCCAGUGGUUACCACACGCACCUCCAGGUCUAAGAGUAAGGAUGGAGGGAAGGAGAGGAGUAAGGAGAAGGAGAGGAGUAAUGAGAAGGAGAGGAGUAAGGAUGGAGGGAAGGAGAGGAGUAAGGAUGGAGGGAAGGAGAGGAGUAAGGAUGGAGGGAAGCAGAGGCGUAAGGAUGGAGGGAGGGAGAAGAGUAAGGAGGAGGUGGAGGAAGGUGGGGGCUCUGAGGAGGACAGCCGCCGCUCCAGCCGCACAAAGACCACACCCCUCAGGAAGUCACCGGACGAGAAGAACAAGCUGGCCGAAUCCUCUCCGGAGAACAGCGACUCAGAGGGCAAGAGUCCCAGCAGGCUGAAGAAUAGAACCAAAGGCAGCUCGGAGAAGGAAUGUGAGAAGGAGGAGGAGGAGCAGCAGAGAAAUGCCUCCUCCAAGGUGACCGCUGACCCUUCUAAACAAGAAGUGGACUCUGACGAGGUUCUGGACAUCCUGCUCCAGACUGCAGCGGCGGAACACAGCUCGGACGAGGAUGCGCAUCAGGACGCCGAUGGUAACCAGGGCAACAGGAGCUUCAAAAGGUGCCUGUUCAAACUCAGCAAGAAAGAUGGAGAGGAGGAGGAGAAUGACAAGGUGAAGACUGACAAGAAGCUGGCGGCCAAACGCAAACUGAAAGCUGACGAUUCAGACAACUCAGAGUCCGACUCAGACGAAGACGCGAAGAAGAAGAAGAAGUCCUCCACAGCUUCUGCCAAAAAGACAUCCAAGAAGAAGGGCUCGGGCGGCUCCUCUAACUCCGACUCGGACCUGGAGAAGGAGAUGAAUGGACUCAGCAAACUGGCGACGGGGAAACGGAGGAGCAGCCGUGUGAAGAAAGAAAGAGAGGAGAAGGAGAACAAGGGCGGAGAUCGGAGGCGGUCGUACGAACUCAAACGCAAAGCCAGAAGUAGAGGAGCCAAGCAGCAAGAUUCAUCGUCUGAUGACGAGGAGGAGGGAGGAGGGUCUGGAGAGGAGAGUGGAGACCAGCAGAAGAUUAAACCCAUCGUGGAGGAGACGUUGGUAGCAGGGAGGGGAACCUUCCACCAGUCCUCAGGAGAUGAAGGUAACCAUGACGCUUCCCAGAUGGCCGAUGAGGAGGACGAUGAUGAUCCUGAGAACAGAAUUGCCAAGAAGAUGCUGCUGGCCCAGAUCAAGGCUAACUACUCUUCAGGAGCAGAGGAGAGCUCUGACGAGGACGGAGAAGAGAAGGAACAGAAGAAGGGGAAGGGAGGAGAGGAGCAGGAGGAGGACGAUGACGAUGAGGAUGAAGGGGGCUCUGGCUCUGAUGUGGACGUGAAGACGAGUGUGGGGCGUCGCCACCGGCUGCUCCGCCACAAACUGACGCUGUACAAAGUGGAGUCGGGAGAGGAGAAGGAGAAACCAGCCAGCAAGGGGAAGAAGAAGGAGACCAAGAGGACCAGACGGAAAGUGGGUAGUGAUGACUCAGCAGACUCAGACUUUAAGGAGUCAGCUAGCAGCAGUGAGUCAGGAGUUAGUGAGGAGAUCAGUGAGAAGGAAUCGUCGUCAGAGGAGGAGUCGGAGUCUGAGAAGGAAGGCAGUAGACACAGGAGGACCACGCGCUCCUCCAAGAAGAAGAAGAAGAAGGAGGAGAGGAGCUACGCCCAGAAGAAGAAACGGCGCCGCAUCAAGGCCCAGGAUUCUUCAUCUGACGACAAGAGCGGGUCAGGAGAGGACGGCUCGGGGAAGGAGGAUGGAGACACUCCUAAAGGACAGAGGAAGAAGAUCAGAAAAAUCCUCAAGGACGACAAGCUGAGGACGGAAACGAGGGAUGCCCUGAAGGAGGAGGAGGAGAGGAGGAGACGCAUCGCUGAGAGGGAGCAGCUCAGGGAGAAACUCAGAGAGACUCUACAUGUCCCUCCCGACCAGGUACUCGUGGUGGAGGAGGCGACCGCCGUGGCUUGUCCAAUCACAACCAAGCUGGUGCUGGAUGUAGACGAGGAGACCAAGGAGCCCAUGGUGCAGGUUCACCGCAAUCUGGUCACUAAGCUCAAACCACACCAGGUCGACGGGGUCCAGUUCAUGUGGGACUGCUGUUGUGAGUCGGUGAAGAAAACCAACAAGAACUCUGGUUCUGGAUGUAUCCUGGCUCACUGUAUGGGCCUGGGAAAAACACUGCAGGUGGUAACCCUGCUCCACACACUACUGCUGUGUGAAAAGUUAGACUUCUCCACGGCUCUGAUCGUCUGUCCUCUCAACACCGUUCUCAACUGGCUCAAUGAGUUUGAGAAGUGGCAGUAUGGCUUCAAGGACGAGGAGAGUUUAGAGGUGACGGAGCUGGCCACGGUGAAGCGUCCUCAGGAGAGAGCGUCUGCUCUGCAGCAGUGGCAGGAGGAUGGAGGAAUCAUGAUCAUUGGCUAUGAGAUGUACCGUAACCUCACACAGGGUAGAAACAUCAAGAGCAAGAAACUCAAAGAGACCUUCCAGAAGACCCUGGUUGACCCAGGCCCAGACUUUGUGAUCUGUGAUGAGGGCCACAUCUUGAAGAACGAGGCGUCGGCCAUCUCUAAAGCCAUGAACUCCAUCAAGACCCGACGGAGAGUGGUGCUCACCGGCACACCGCUGCAGAACAACCUCAUAGAGUACCACUGCAUGGUGAACUUCAUCAAGGAGAACCUGCUGGGGUCAGUGAAGGAGUUCAGGAACCGCUUCGUCAACCCCAUCCAGAACGGGCAGGCAGCAGACUCCACAGACCAGGAUGUACGGAUCAUGAAGAAGAGGGCUCACAUCCUCUACGAGAUGCUCAAUGGAUGUGUUCAGAGAAGAGACUACUCUGCCCUGACCAAGUUCCUGCCUCCUAAACAUGAGUACGUUGUGUCCGUCAGAGUCACGCCCAUCCAGUGUACUCUAUACCGACACUACCUGGAGCACUUAACAGGUACGGGGAACGUGGUGGAGGGGGGUCGGGGUCGAGCCGGGACCAAACUCUUCCAGGACUUCCAGAUGCUCAGUAGAAUCUGGACCCAUCCCUGGUGCCUGCAGCUGGACUACAUCAGCAAGGAAAACAAGGGGUACUUUGACGAGGACAGCAUGGAGGAGUUCAUCGCCUCGGAGACCGAGGAAUCUUCUUUAAGCAUGACCUCUGAGGACGAGAAACAGAAAAAGAAGAAGAAGCGAGGGAAGGCCAGGAAGAAGGACAGUGACUCAGACAGUGAUGCUCUCGAGGUGAUAAAGGAGUGGAACACCAGCUCCCGAGGGGGAGACCCUUCCAGCCGCAACCGGGCGGAGCCAGAGGAGGAAGUGCGUCCGGCCUCCAGCCCUGGCACCAGGAGUCCUGACUGGCACAAGGAGUUUGUUACGGAGGCUGACUCUGAGAUCCUGGAGCAUUCUGGGAAAAUGGUGCUGCUGUUUGAGAUCCUCCGCAUGGCCGAGGAGGUGGAGGACAAAAUUCUGGUGUUCAGUCAGUCUCUCAUCUCUCUGGACCUGAUUGAAGACUUCCUGGAGCUGUCUGGCCGAGCCAAAGAGGAGGAGAAACCCUCUCCCUACAAAGGUGAGGGGAAGUGGUUCCGGAACAUAGACUACUACCGGUUGGACGGCUCCACCAACGCCCUGAACCGGAAGAAGUGGGCAGAAGAGUUCAAUGACUCCAGCAAUGUCCGAGGUCGGUUGUUCCUGAUCUCGACGAGGGCUGGUUCUCUGGGCAUCAACCUGAUAGGAGCUAACAGGGUCAUCAUCUUCGACGCGUCCUGGAACCCGUCGUACGACAUCCAGAGUAUCUUCAGGCUCUACCGCUUCGGACAGCUCAAGACCUGCUACGUCUACCGAUUCCUGGCUCAGGGUACUAUGGAAGAGAAGAUCUAUGACCGCCAGGUGGCUAAACAGUCUCUGUCCUUCCGAGUGGUGGAUCAACAGCAGAUAGAGAGACAUUUCACCAUGAAUGAGCUGACGGAGCUCUACGCCUUUGAACCUGACCUUCUGGAUGAUCCCACUGGCAAGAAGAGCAAGAGGACCACGCCUAUGCUGCCAAAGGACCCCUUCCUAGCUGAGCUCCUCCACAGCAAUAAGGAGCAGAUUGUGGGCUAUCAUGAACAUGACUCCCUGCUGGAUCACAAGGAAGAGGAGGCUCUCAGCGAGGAGGACCGCAAAGCAGCCUGGGCCGAGUACGAGGCGGAGAAGAAGGGUCUGUCUCUGCGUGUGAACCAUGGAGCGUACGGAGGACAGAUGGACAUGGGAGGAGCUAACAGCUACUUCCCCUUCAACGUUGCCGCACUGGCCUCUAUGUCCAACCCUCAGCUGGAGGAGUUGAUCAAUCAGGGCCGUCAGAAGGUGAUGGAGGCCACCAACGCUCUCAAGUUCCUCCCCAGAGAAUCUCUAGAGGACACCAUCGGGAGAGUGUGGAAGGAGAACCCAGCCCUAACGGAGUCCCAGGUCCAGGCCAUGGCUCUGGGGAGACAGGCCAGUGUAGAGAUGGAGCUCAAACACAGAGAAGCUGUCUACAGAGACGUCCUCAAUAAGCAACAGACUCUAAUGAUGUACGUUCAGAAGGUGAUCACCAACAGGAAGGUGAGAGAGCAGCAGAUCGCCAUGGCCAACCAGGCCCAGCUGAUGAGCCAGAUGAACGGCAUGCUGGGAGCUGGAGGGAUGAGCCAGAUGGAACUCUUGGGGUUGUACCAACAGCUGGGGGCGCUACAGGGUCAUCCCACCCACCCCUCCAUGGGCGGCAAGAACCCCGGCCCCUCCAAGGGCAACCUGUAAGGGGAGGGGGACCCAGGGUGUGCCCUACAUAGUGCACUAUCCACUAUCCAUAUUGGCUGAGUGCGCAACGUUAGACCAAUGUAGCGAAUAUGGUUCCAUUGUGACCCAGACUGCCCCCUCGAUGUCUCAGUAGGCUGCUCCCUAAUGCUGCUCUGUCUCUUAUGUAGUGCACUAGAUGGAGCCCGGAGCCCUAGGGUUUUGGUUAGAAGUAGUGCACUAUGUAGGGGAUAGAGGUGUGAUCUGGGAACGUAGCCGCUGCCUUACAACCCUUCUUCACUGGGGAGGUGAGAGACGACACAGAGAGAAGGGUCUCGGAGCCCCUCACCACUCCCUCCAGCUCUCCUGUCUCCUGAAGCAGGGAAUGACAUGACUUGUAUAGGGACUAUAUGAAGGGGUUUUAGCAAUUUCAUUUGAGAUUCUGUAUAUACCGCAUUAAUGUUAUUCAACUUCUCUUCUAUAGUUCACAUGUAUUUAAAGGAAAAACGUUAAGCAUUGCGUUAUUCUUUCCCCUUUAAAAGGAGGGUUUGUUUAAUGAAUUGUUUAUUCUGUAAGUUGUGUUUUUGAUAUAGUUUUAAUGAAUGCCUGUCUAUCUAAAGAACCCCCAGAGUGGGACCAUAGUGCUGACUAAUUGGUGACAGGACUAUUUUAGGAUAUUAAACAGCUACACGCAGGCUAGCGGACGGACACGCAGGCUAGCGGACGGGCACGCAGGCUAGCGGACGGGCACGCAGGCUAGCGGACGGACACGCAGGCUAGCGGACGGGCACGCAGGCUAGCGGACGGGCACGCAGGCUAGCGGACGGACACGCAGGCUAGCGGACGGUCACGCAGGCUAGCGGACGGGCACGCAGGCUAGCGGACGGACACGCAGGCUAGCGGACGGUCACGCAGGCUAGCGGACGGGCACGCAGGCUAGCGGACGGACACGCAGGCUAGCGGACGGGCACGCAGGCUAGCGGACGGGCACGCAGGCUAGCGGACGGACACGCAGGCUAGCGGACGGGCACGCAGGCUAGCGGACGGGCACGCAGGCUAGCGGACGGACACGCAGGCUAGCGGACGGGCACGCAGGCUAGCGGACGGACACGCAGGCUAGCGGACGGUCACGCAGGCUAGCGGACGGUCACGCAGGCUAGCGGACGGGCACGCAGGCUAGCGGACGGACACGCAGGCUAGCGGACGGGCACGCAGGCUAGCGGACGGGCACGCAGGCUAGCGGACGGGCACGCAGGCUAGCGGACGGACACGCAGGCUAGCGGACGGGCACGCAGGCUAGCGGACGGUCACGCAGGCUAGCGGACGGGCACGCAGGCUAGCGGACGGACACGCAGGCUAGCGGACGGGCACGCAGGCUAGCGGACGGGCACGCAGGCUAGCGGACGGGCACGCAGGCUAGCGGACGGACACGCAGGCUAGCGGACGGGCACGCAGGCUAGCGGACGGACACGCAGGCUAGCGGACGGACACGCAGGCUAGCGGACGGUCACGCAGGCUAGCGGACGGUCACGCAGGCUAGCGGACGGUCACGCAGGCUAGCGGACGGUCACGCAGGCUAGCGGACGGGCACGCAUUCAGCGACGCUGGUGUCCUCAAACUAUUUUGGGAGAUUUUGAUGCAUAGCCAUGACAAGAAAAAACUAUAACAUUCAAAUAAAAAAUGAGGAACUUUAUUUCCAUUUCCUAAAGUUUUGUGUAAAUGAGAUUUGAGAAUGAUUUUUCUAUCAGCUUGUGGCUCUUACUAUUUCCACUGUUUGUCUCAUGGUUAUUAUGAUGGUAAUAUGGAAUGCUCUUGUCGUUAAAACACCCCGUCUCUCGCCCCUCACUCACUUCCCCGGGACACUCUCUCUUUGUAAAGCUCAUGCUCUUGUUGUCAAGUUGUUGCCUAGCGUAGCUCCAUAUCCCAGGGUGCUGUUCAUCCUUCUCUUUCUGUUCCACUUGUUGCGUCCUAACCCCGCCCUGGUGGAGGACUGGGUGGACAGGUCGACAGGAGGUUGUCUGACCUGGUCGACAGGAGGUUGUCUGACCUGGUCGACAGGAGGUUGUCUGACCUGGUCGACAGGAGGUUGUCUGACCUGGUCGACAGGAGGUUGUCUGACCUGGUCGACAGGAGGUUGUCUGACCUGGUCGACAGGAGGUUGUCUGACCUGGUCGACAGGAGGUUGUCUGACCUGGUCGACAGGAGGUUGUCUGACCUGGUCGACAGGAGGUUGUCUGACCUGGUCGACAGGAGGUUGUCUGACCUGGUCGACAGGAGGUUGUCUGACCUGGUCGACAGGAGGUUGUCUGACCUGGUCGACAGGAGGUUGUCUGACCUGGUCGACAGGAGGUUGUCUGACCUGGUCGACAGGAGGUUGUCUGACCUGGUCGACAGGAGGUUGUCUGACCUGGUCGACAGGAGGUUGUCUGACCUGGUCGACUGGGUAGUGGAGGGGGAGGUCGGGGUGCUUCACCAAGCAAGGUCAUGUCCAGCUCUUUUAUUUCAUUAUGGGUGAGCCCAGCGGGAAUCAAAUUCACCGUCUUGACGUUGCAGGUGCCCGGAUCUACUGAGCCACAAAGGACUGAAGUUUGACACCGUGUAGCUUUUAAAUCACGACCCGAUCCUUUCAAAACAUUUUGAACCUUCUAAUUGAGAUUCCAGUGGGCCAUUCCUUAUCCAAACCUGGGUUAGCUGGUUAGCAGCACUAGACCGGGGUUAGCUGGUUAGCAGCACCAGACCGGGGUUAGCUGGCUAGCAGCACCAGACCUGGGUUAGCUGGUUAGCAGCACUAGACCGGGGUUAGCUGGUUAGCAGCACCAGACCGGGGUUAGCUGGCUAGCAGCACCAGACCUGGGUUAGCUGGCUAGCAGCACCAGACCUGGGUUAGCUGGUUAGCUCAGGACUAUAGUCUCCACCCAGGCUACCUGUUCUCUACUAUAGUCUCCACCCAGGCUACCUGUUCUCUACUAUAGUCUCCACCCAGGCUACCUGUUCUCUACUAUAGUCUCCACCCAGGCUACCUGUUCUCCACUAUAGUCUCCACCCAGGCUACCUGUUCUCUACUAUAUUCUCCACCCAGGCUACCUGUUCUCUACUAUAGUCUCCACCCAGGCUACCUGUUCUCUACUAUAGUCUCCACCCAGGCUACCUGUUCUCUACUAUAGUCUCCACCCAGGCUACCUGUUCUCCACUAUAUUCUCCACCCAGACUACCUGUUCUCUACUAUAGUCUCCACCCAGGCUACCUGUUCUCUACUAUAGUCUCCACCCAGGCUACCUGUUCUCCACUAUAGUCUCCACCCAGGCUACCUGUUCUCUACUAUAUUCUCCACCCAGGCUACCUGUUCUCUACUAUAGUCUCCACCCAGGCUACCUGUUCUCUACUAUAGUCUCCACCCAGGCUACCUGUUCUCUACUAUAGUCUCCACCCAGGCUACCUGUUCUCUACUAUAGUCUCCACCCAGGCUACCUGUUCUCUACUAAGGCACAUGUUUAUUUUCCUAAAUAAAAGUCAGUGUUGUCGGUGUUAAGAGGAGGAAGUGAUGUCUGACCUGAUCGACUGGAGACGGAGUUCCUCCGUUUGCACAGUGAGGCACAGUGAGGCACAGUGAGGCACAGUGAGGUGUAAUUCUGAAAUGUAGCCUGUCGCCCUCCCACUCCACUCUACCAAGAAUGUUCUUCUCAUGUUUAGCAAAUUCAUCAACUAGUUUUUGUUGCCAUUCAUUGAUUGAUCUGACUGGCUACUAUCUUGAAAAGUAUUUAAUAUAACAUUUAAUAAAGUGACCAAAAGGGUGACCACC